CUCACACCUCUUCUUCUUUCCAAAAAACACAGACAAAUAAGUAAACAACAUUGAAGAAGUUUUUGUUAUAGUCUAGGUACCAAUGGUUGUUAUUACCGAAAUAACAGACCCUGAUGUACAGACGGUUAGCGGCUCAUGGGCGAUCGGAGCAGAUGGUAGCUGGGUUUUCAUCCCCAAUCCACAAAACGCUGCAACGCAGCCACAAGGCAGUCAAGUAGGAGAAUCUUCUUCCAAUUUCCAUCAAAUCCUGUUGGGUGCAAACGUUGAGCGAGCCUUUGUUAUUGCAUUCACUGGUAGUGAAGAUAGCGAUAGCACGGACGUUGAUGAGGUGGAAGCCUCAGAUUUAGUUGAGGCGGAUUUACUUGUAAAUCUUGGAAUGCCGGCAAUAAAUCUGAGUGGCAAAAUGAACGUUUCAGACAAUGAGUAUGAUGACAAUGCCGAAGAACAGACAAUAAGAGAGUGUAAUUUCUUUGGACCAUCUGCAAACUACAUGUCUGGACCACUAGGGGAACACUUGGAUCUCGAGGUUUCCUUACAUGAGGCUCUAGAGGACAUUUGUAUCGGGAUGGAGUUAGCUCUUCGAGAUCUUCAGUACGAAGGCGACGAAUUGUUUGUGGGGCGUGUCUUCAAAAUCAAGCAAGACUGCAAGAAAUUGCUCACUCUGACUUGCGUUUCCGAAUCAUGCCCCUGGCGAGUGUACAUAGUAAAGUUGGAAGACUCUAACAAUUAUCAAAUUCGCAGAGCAACACUGGAGCACACAUGCAUCGUUGAAGAACGAAGUAAUUACCACAGAGCAGCCACGACUCGCGUGAUAGGCAGCAUAAUGAAAGGAAAAUAUGAGGGCAAUACUAGAGGCCCGCGAGCAAUUGACCUACAGAGACUUCUUCUGACCGAUCAUUCUGUUAGAAUUUCCUAUUGGAAGGCAUGGAAAUUCCGGGAAAUUGCUAUCGAGGGGGCAAAAGGAUCAGCUGCGAAUAGCUUCUCUCUCUUACCGGCUUACAUACAUGUAUUUCCAAAGGCUAGGUAUGGCGCUUGUGUAGUUCACCUCCAGCGGAACAUUGCAGCCGCCUACAAGAAAAAACACUUGUUGUUCCACGUUUCCAGAGCUGCUAGAGCAUUCAGGAUCUGUGAAUUUCAUACAUACUUCAAUGAGGUGAUAAGACUUGAUUCGGCUUGUGCACGCUACCUAGAUGUUAAGGAAGCCCGUGAACUCCCCAUCAUUUCUCUGAUUGAGUUCAUUAGAACAACUCUAAUGUCAUGGUUUGCGAUGAGGCGCGAGGCAGCCAGAUCAGAGACAUUUGCCCUGCCACCAAAGAUGAGAGAAGUGGUGCAUCAAAACUUUGAAAAGUCAGUGAGAUUUUCCGUUAGGCGCAUAGACAGGUAUGAUUAUGAGAUCCGAGGAGAAGGGUCCAGUGUUUAUCAUGUGAAGCUCCUGGAAUGCACCUGCUCGUGCAGAGCAUUUGAUUUGCUUCACUUGCCUUGCCCGCACGCUAUAGCUGCUGCAGUUGGAGAGGGGGUUCCUAUACAAGGACUAAUGGCGCCAGAGUAUUCCGUUGAAACUUGGCGAAUGUCGUACCAAGGGACUAUAAAACUAGCCCCUGAUGUUGGAGAUGUGUUUCCCUUACCUGAACUCGUAGCGUUUCUUCAACUAUUCCCUCCUGCAACCCGCAGACCGCCUGGAAGGCCGAAAAAGAAGUAUAUAACAUCAAGGGGAGAGUAUCAGAACGACUCAUUCACUAGAUUUGGGGGUCAAAUGAGAGAGUAUAGGCAGCAUCCUGUCUACAUGAUGAUUGGAGGCUUAUUCAGGACACAAUUUGAAAAAGCUUUGGAGACAAACAACCCGGAAGCGCAUUACUUAGAAGGUCUAAGGUAUGCUUGUUGGAAAAAAGACAUAGCGAUAGCAAAAAAACAUAUUUUCAAAGCUGUAAACAUAGUACCUAAGGCAACAUUCGUCUUGGCUAUGUUGUCUAUUUGCGCUGGAGAGAAAGAGCUGGGAGAGUUCUUCACCGACCAAUUGUUUGCACAACCAUGGGCUGAGGUUUUAGGUAUGGAUGACUCUAUCUUUGCACAUCUUGAACGCAUGAAUGUCCGUAACAGUACAGCGUACGCCCAAACGUGGAAUGGCGCCAUCCCAGAGUGUUCAGAGAUCCAUAACAUAUACAACCGCUGCGAAGAGUGCUACAUCUUUCGGUGUUCGAAGGAAUUUUGUCGCGUUGUUAGGUAACACAAUGUUUAAGAUCUAACCUGUUGUUCCUUUGUUAUUUUCAAAAAUAUAUUGUUGAAAUAUGUUGUUGUUUCUGAUUUUUUUUUCCCCCUCGUUUGUUGUUUCUUGUAUGUGUACUAUGUUGUUGUUUCUUGAGGCUUGAAUGUAAAAUACUAAAAUAUGUAUCCAUUU